UGCACCGAGCGCUUUGUCUCCAGCCCGGAGGAGAUCCUGGACGUGAUCGACGAGGGCAAAUCCAACCGCCACGUGGCUGUCACCAACAUGAACGAGCACAGCUCCCGCAGCCACAGCAUCUUCCUCAUCAACAUCAAGCAGGAGAACAUGGAGACGGAGCAGAAGCUGAGCGGGAAGCUCUACCUGGUGGACCUGGCUGGCAGCGAGAAGGUCAGCAAGACGGGGGCCGAAGGGGCCGUGCUGGACGAGGCCAAGAACAUCAACAAGUCGCUGUCGGCCCUGGGCAACGUCAUCUCGGCCCUGGCCGAGGGGACGAAGAGCUACGUGCCCUACCGGGACAGCAAGAUGACGCGGAUCCUGCAGGACUCGCUGGGCGGGAACUGCCGCACGACCAUGUUCAUCUGCUGCUCGCCCUCCAGCUACAACGACGCCGAGACUAAGUCCACCCUCAUGUUCGGCCAACGGGCCAAGACCAUCAAGAACACGGCAUCGGUGAACCUGGAGCUGACGGCCGAGCAGUGGAAGAAGAA